UAUCGAAAAAAAAAUUAAAAACAACCCACCAGUAGCGAAAGCCGCACGUUCUUUCCCAUAGAGCAAAAACAUGCGACGGCAUCGGUGUCACCAGGUGGUCCGAUCGGAUUCCGAGACGGAGAGCGAGAGCGACGCCGAGACGCUCAGAUGCAUAUCCUGCAAGGAAGAGUAUGCCGCACGCGACGCCGGCACGUGCAAGGAGUGUUACGAGGAAGCCGGCGAGACCGAGGAAGAACUCAGGCGCGAGAUCGAAGAUCUCAAAGCCAAGGUCGCCUUUUUACGCUUUUGGUCCCCGCUCGAUCACGCCCACCGCGGCUCCCCUACCUCCCCCGGUCCCGUCUUCCCCGACGUCGUUUUGGUCGCUUCCGAUGAUGUCUCCCCCGGCUUGCCCCCUGUUCCCGCCCAUAAAGCCGUUUUGGUGAAUCGUUCACCAGUGUUCAAAGCAAUGCUUGAAAAUGAGAUGGAAGAAAGCAGAAGUGGAACAAUUAAGAUCAGUGACGUAUCAUACGAUGCUCUGCGAGCCUUUGUGAACUAUUUGUACACUGCAGAAGCAUGGCUCGAUGAGCAGAUGGCUUGUGAUCUUCUGGUUUUGGCCGAAAAGUACCAGGUGAAGCGUCUCAAAGGCUUCUGCGAGAAGUUCCUGGUGUCCAAAUUGAACUGGGAUAAUUCACUCAUGACCUAUGCUUUCGCUCACCAGCAUGGUGCCAAGCUCGUGCUUGAUGCGGCAUUGAGUCUGAUUACUGACAACAUGGAUAAGCUUACGAAAAAGGAAGAGUACAUGGAACUCGUGGAAAAGGAUGCUCGACUUGUUGUGGAAAUUUAUGAAGCUUAUCUCUCUAAACAGAUUAAUACUGCUGUUCUCAAGGAUGCUUUGUUGAAAUCAUAGUUAAUUGUGUCCAAGGAUUGUUUGGAUAGAGAGUUUAUGUUUGUGAUCAUUGUUAAUGGAUGAACUCUUAGAAUUAUAUAAAAAGAAGUUUGAUGAG